AUGCAGAGGAGGAGGGUGACCCUGAGUCUGAGUAUGAGGAUUCCUGGGGAUGAGAUUCACACACCUGCUGGUAGUGGUGAUGAGGAAGAGACCAUCCAACAAAGAAAGGAGAGAAGAGGGCUAUUUACUACUAGGGAUGAAUUUAAGGAAGUUGUAGCUAAGUUUGCAGUGUUCCAAGGCAGAAAUUUGCACAUUGUUUUGGCUAACAAGAGUAGGCAACAAAGGAUAGGUGUUAGGAGUAGAGAUGGUUGUCCAAUUAGGUUGUAUGGAAGCUGGGAUUCUAGGAGGGGUGCAUUUGUAGUUAGAACUGUUGUGCCUGACCACAGUUGUAUUAGAAACAUGGAGAAAAACAAGCAAUUGAAAUGUAGCUGGCUUGCUGACCAAUUGCUUGAUGUGUUCAAGGCUAGGCCUCACUGGCCUGCUAAAGAAAUUGUGGAGACUGUUAGGAGAGCUUAUAGGGUUAUUGUGAAGACUGAUUUUGCAUACAAGGUGAAGUGGCAUGCUCAUAGGAAACUACAUGGUUCAAUGAGGGAACAUUAUGGGAAGGUAGGUAGGUAUUUGGAGGCCCUGAAAAGGUCUACUCCAAACACACAGAUUGAGUUGGUGACUUAUAUGGAAAAAGACAAACCUCCUCUGAUUUUUCAAAGGUUAUAUGUCUGCUUUGAGGGUGUGCAGAAAGGUUGGAAGGAAGGGUGUAGGAAGAUAAUUUGUGUAGAUCCUUGUUUAUUAAAAACCUUUCUUGGAGGGCAGUUAAUAUCAGCUGUAGGGAGAGAUGGGAAUGGCCAAAUGUACCCAAUUGCUUGGGCUGUGGUGGAAGGGGAAAACAAAAGCUCAUGGGAAUGGUUCUUAAGCAAUCUCAGCAACAACAUUGGCAUUGGGGAUGGUUCUGGAGUUGUGGUAGUGUCUGAUGAGCAUCAGCCAAUUUUGAGAGGAGUUAGUGAGGUACUCCCUAAUGCUGAGCACAUACAUUGUGCAAGGCAUAUAUAUGCUAAUUGGCAUAAAUCCUUCAAAGGGGAUGAAUAUAAGCUCCUCUUUUGGAAUUGUGCAAAAGCAUACAGUCAAGCUGAUUAUGAGGAAGCACUUGAGAAAUUAGCAGAGGCAAAUCCAGCUGCUGCACAAGCUUUCAAGGCAUGUAACCCUAAUGUCUUCUAUAAAGCCUUUUUGAAGACAGAAGUGAAAGCUGAUGUGAUUACAAGCAACAUGGAAGAGACAUUCAAUGGGUAUAUUAUAAAUGCUAGGACAAAGCAUUUACUUUACAUGCUUGAGGACAUAAGAGCUUCCUUGAUGAAGAGACUAGUGACCAAAAAACAAGAGAUGGAGAAAUAG